UUACUCUGACCGGCGGCACUCUCUGCAUUUCCUCCGCUUUCAAAGUGAUUUUCUGACAAAUUCCGUGGACUUCAGUAACAUUGCAAAAGAUGACUGCAUCUGAUUGGUCUAACUUUACCCUUCGACUGGAGGAGUCCCUCACCAACACUUUGAGUCACUUCCUGGAUAACUGGAGGCGUAAUGUGACCGCUGCAGCCAACGCUCUGGAGAACACUAUGGCUGAGGAGAACUUCAGGGAUGUGACCUGGUAUCUCGCCGUGAUGAUUGGCAUAUUUGCCUUCAUUCUUGUGGCCAUGCUGGUGAGCACAGUCAAAUCUAAAAGGAGGGAGCACUCUAACGACCCCUACCACCAGUACAUCAAGGAGGACUGGACUGCUCAGAUACAGCAGAGUGAUACUGCAUCCAGAUAA